AUGAGCCAGGGCCCCAACCUAGUACUGGAGUGGCUGUCCCGGCUUCACUUAGCCCAAUACGUGGAGGCCUUCCUGGACAAUGGCUACGACGACCUGGAGGUCUGCAAGCAGAUCGGCGGGCCCGACCUGGAUGCCAUUGGUGUUCGCGUGGCGUAUCACCGCCAUCGACUGCUGGACGCCGUCCGACAGCUUAGGGACUCGAACAGCAGCCAAGUGCCGGGGUACUACUUCACGCUGGAACCCAGACAACAGAUGGAGAACCAGAGAACCCCGUCCAAAACGAGAGAGGGGAUGCAACGGCCGACCUGUCCCGGGAAUCGCAACCCUCGGGUGACGGAUUGUACUGGCUUUGUUACAUAUCCCAAGCUCAAACUCAAGGUCCUCAUAAGACACAAACUGGCCAAUGAUGGGAUUGACCUCGGAAAAGCACCGUACAGUCUCAAGGAUGGCUCUGCGGGGACGCUUGAUGAUCUGGCCCAGGAAUAUUCUCGAUAUUACGGAACCUACCUCAGUGACGUGUGCGAAAGGAUGGAAGAGCUGCGCCGACGAAGGCUGGUGAAGGAUUCGGACGUUUUGGGAAAGCAUGAUUCAGGGGCCGCAUUGCUGCUGCUACGCUCGCAAAUUCAGGAAUCGCUUGGACUCUGCAGCACUUCUUCCACUCCGGAGACUGACAGGAAGUUUCCUAACCCUUUGGACGAUGGGUCAGGUGGAGGGAAAUGGAGAAAGGGAAAAUCCUUUUGGAGCACUCUCAGAAAGACACCAAAAGAAGCUCCUGAGCGCCACCUUGCAAAAGGUGAUUUGGUGGACUUCGUGGCCAGCGAGAUCACCAUGAGUGAUGAAGAGCGCAUCCAGCUGAUGACGAUGGUCAAGGAGAACAUGAUCUCCAUUGAGGAGGCGCUAGCAAGGUUGAAGGAGUUUGAAACACAGGCGAGACAAGAGUGCAGUUCAGAACCAUCCAAGUGCGCUGAUGCUUCACAGUCAACCGACGAGUCUUUGAGCGACAGUCUUUGCGAACUGUCUGACACGGAACCAGAAGAACGGCUGACAUUCAGGCGACUCCACAAGCUGGUGAACUCCACACGCAAGGUGAAGAACAAACUUAUCAGGAUUGAGCAGAUGGACAAAGAAGAGCAGAUUGUGUGCCCCGUGGACUCUCUGACAUCCGCACGAAGUCACGGCAAGGAAGUUGGACUUGAGACCGUGGGGGCUCCCGUGGGCAGUCCUCAGUGCAGCGGGGAUGUGCCCAAGCAGGACCAGGCGGGCAACACCGUCAUUGACAAACACCACCAUUACAGCGAGGAGGCCAAGAUGGCGAGAUCAGUGACGGAUGAAGGGCUGCGACAUCGGCUUCUGAGCCACAGUGGGAGAGCCUGCAGUUUUGGAGGAUUUGACGUCACCAACCGCUCAGCACACGCAGGCCAACACACUGGCGAGGAAGGUGUCAAGUCACCCCAGAUCACUCGUGUCUCACUGGGUAAGAAAGUCAAGUCUGUGAGGGAGACUGUGAGGAAGCACAUCAGCAAGCAAUAUCAAGCUGCUCUAUCAUAUCAGUCGAGUCGAGACGGCGUUUCCAGCUGCCCUCAGUCACCUCGCUUGAACCCUUGUGUGGAGAAAGCCAAGAUGAAGCCUGGAGGCUCAGUGGAAAGCCUAAGGAGUUCCCUCAGCGGCCACAGCUCCAUCAGCGGACGGAUGGCUGGCACUGCUGAAUGGUCUGACAGCAACCGAGAGAGUGUCAAGUCGGAGGAAGGGGAUGAGGACGAGGCGGCUUACUGCGGGCCUUUCUGCGGACGUGCCCUGGUUCACACCGACUUCACGCCCAGCCCUUACGACACAGACUCCCUCAAACUCAAGAGCGGCGACGUGAUUGACAUGAUCAGCAAGCCCCCCAUGGGCACAUGGAUGGGCAUGCUGAAAGGCAAAGUGGGGACAUUCAAAUUUGUCUACGUGGACGUGCUGGACCCGGAGCUGACCGAGCCAAAGGAGAGCCGGUCCGGACGUGCCGGGGCACGGCUGCCCAAACCGCAGUCGUUGGAGCAGCUUCUGGAGCGCCUCCACCUACAAGAGCACCUCCCCGCUCUGCUGUUCAACGGCUACGACGACCUGGACACCUUCGGACUGCUGGAGGAGGAGGACCUGGACGAACUGCUGGUCAGCGACCCCCGGCACAGGGCCGUGCUUCUGGCCGCCGCACGGCUGCUGCGCAAUUAUGACAGCAGCAGCAAUCCUGAUCCUGUCAGCUUCCUCGACAUUGAAGGUCCCGUGUCGGACGGCCACUCCGUGGCAGGAGACUCCCCGAGAGAUUCGGGCUGCUUCGAGAGUAGUGAACCCUUGGACAACAUGGGGGAUGCCAGCCUAUGA